GUUUAGUGCACAGUUUUCGCCAUAUGGAUAUCUGAUUUCGACACACACACACAGACUGAGAGCUUGCUAAUCACUACACCGAAGUGAGUGGUUGAGUGGACAAUAUGUCGAAAGUUACAUUUAAGAUAACGUUGACGUCUGAUCCAAAAUUACCAUUCAAAGUGUUAAGUGUUCCAGAGAGUACACCAUUUACAGCUGUAUUGCAGUUCACCGCUGAAGAGUUCCGAGUGCCAGCUGCAACCAGUGCAAUCAUAACUGAUGAUGGAAUAGGGAUUAACCCAGCCCAGAGUGCUGGCAAUGUCUUCCUGAAGCAUGGAGCAGAACUCAGACUUAUACCAAGGGACAGAGUGGGGCAUUCUCAAUGACCCCAAUUCUUCACUCACUUCUUCAUUCUUAUAAAUAGGAAAGGCACCAUGUUAACAUUUUUUGGGGAAAGUAAACUCAUUCUAAUAUUUAUAAUAAUAAUAAU